UUUCAGCCAGCGAGACGAGCGUCCGCUUCAGGUUUUAAUCCGUUGCAUCUGGUUUUAUUCUCGAUUAAUAUAGAGUCGGAACCGGAUGUAUCGAUAGUUUAAACCCUUAUCUAACACUUUUUGUAAGUAUUUUGGACCAUAUAUCGCAGGAUUUGGAGAAAAGCGACUCCAAAGUGAAGCAGGGACAAAGGGCACCGGAGCCUCUAAAGAUGAGAAAAGGGAUCUCCUCGGCCCCGGAUAAAGUGAUCAUAGCAGGGGUCGGGGGCUCCACCGUGGACAAAACCACCGUUCUCACGGCGCUGUCCGAUCGCCUCACUUCCAAUUUCCCGACAGCCACCUACAUCCACAUCUUCAGCCCUGCGUCCUGCGGGAGCCAAAGCGCCGAUGUGUGCGUGCCCGAGCCCCCGGCGCACAGUCUCCUUUACUCCACUCCGCACGGAUCGGCGCUCGGAUCGGCGCCGCGACCUGCGCUCGGACGUCCUCCGGCAAAGCGGCGGCUGGAGCUGGAUGGCACCGACCACCAGUAUAUCAGCGAAGGAGCAAAGACCCCACGGGGCAAGGGUGCCGUGUCCGCCCCCAACCUUAAGAGUCCCAAAACACCCAAGUCGCCCUCGGAGAAGACGCGCUACGACACCUCGCUGGGCCUCCUCACCAAGAAGUUCGUACAGCUCCUGGGACAGUCCUCCGACGGCGUGGUGGACCUGAACAGGGCCGCCGAGGUUCUCAAGGUCCAAAAGAGGCGCCUGUAUGACAUCACCAACGUGCUGGAGGGGGUCCACCUCAUCAAGAAGAAGUCCAAGAACAACAUCCAGUGGAUGGGUUGCAGCCUGUCGGAGGACGGCACCGCCGUCAACCAGUGCCAGAGCCUGGGCCGCCAGGUGAUGGAACUGGGCCAGCAGGAGAAGAAGUUGGACGAGCUGAUCAAAAGCUGCACCCAGGAUGUGAAGCAGAUGACGGAAGAGUCGCACAACCAAAAGUUUGCCUACGUGACGUACCAAGACUUGCGGAAGAUCCGGGGCCUCCAGGAUCAGACGGUGAUCGUGGUGAAAGCGCCAGCUGACACUAAACUCGAAGUGCCUGACCCCCAGGAAAGUUUACAGGUUCACCUGACCAGCACUCAGGGGCCCAUAGACGUCUUCCUGUGUCCCGACGAGAACGUACCCAGCAGCCCCACGAAAAACGUCAAUGGAAACGGCUCGCCCUUCGUCAGAGUCUUACAAGAGGGCACCAGCAGCGAUGUUUCCAAUAUUCCCGACUGCCCUGUGACAGUUACGAACAUCUCGCCCCUCACAUCCCCCCUCACGGGCCUCCUGCAGCAGACAGAGGACCAGUUCCCCUCGGCGCUGGAGGGUCCCCUCAUCAGCUUGUCACCUCCACUCCUCAACGAGGACUACAUGUUGAGUCUAGGCGAUGAGGAAGGAAUCUGCGACCUCUUCGAUGCCUACGAUUUGGACCAUCUGCCCCUGGAGGAUGUGCUGUGAAACUCAUAGGGACGGCGUCCUGCCUGGAGGGAAAGGCUGUCCGUGCAGGGGUGGUGGGGCAGCUCUCUGGGUUCACAGAGGGGCAUCUGGAUGCGCCUCAUCCCAGGUCCCUUUGGAUCUGCGUGGGCCGAAUGGGUUGCCUUGCACCUGAUUUGCUUUUUGUUUUCUCCAACCAUGUAUGAGCUGCCUUACCAAGCAGGUAAAUGUAUAAAUUCAGGUUCUUCUGGUUUGUCGGCAGACGGCUGGAAGCGCGCGGUGGCAGUUAAGGGGAGUGUUUUCUGCGGAGGUGGCAUGGGGAGAAACCGUGCCGUGUAUUUGUAUGCCGUUGUGUGUUUUCGAGGUGCGGCCCUGUAAUCUGAUGACGGAGAGGCUGCGUGAAGAUGGAAAAGCGGUACGAGGUUUGCGCCACUGCUGGGGGGCCUUACGAGUGCUCGUUAGGUGUUUCCGGGGGGUCUGCUCUGAUCGAGGUGUUCCUCAAGAACCAGUCCUCGGACCCAUAGUAGCACAAUACACACAAGUGUUGUAUGCUAGACUUUAGCUGACAACUGAAAACUUUACGGGACUUACAAACUGGUGUUGCACCACAGCUGUUAACUGCCAUUUUUCUAGUUGUAAUAGAAAAAUGGAAACGAGAGAAGAAACCUCUUCGGGGGGGGUUAUGAAGUGUGGCUGACGUUUGUAUGUGUGAUGAAUCUUUUUUUUGUAAAAAUGUGUUUCUUCCCCUCUGCACUUUUAAUCCUACGCGUUUUGUAGUAAACCGACAUCCACACACGUAAACCUUACCGUGGCCUACUUUUGCGUACGAAGCGGAAAGACUUCACGAAAAGCUCUCGCUUUAAAUGAAUUCCUGCAUCAGUGACUGUUUGAACCCUGUGAAAAUUAGCCUUACAGUUUUUAAUUUUUU